AUGAAAUUCAACAAAAGAUGUUUGACGGUGUUUUCUGAAGAGAAGCCUUUCAUGGCCAUGGGAACAAAGAGUAAGCUGUUCGACACAUCGUUCUCCCUGACUUCAGAGCUAUUUCUGUAUGAUUAUAGUCUAGGAGUCCAAUACCCUUCCUUGCAAACAGACAACAAAUUCUACAAACUCAAGUGGUGUAACUGGGGCGAUGGAGAAAUCCUAGCAACAGGAAACGAAGAUGGGAAAGUGACACUGUAUACCCCCGCACCGGAGAAAAAUGUAUCUUUUGAGCUUCUGUCCAGUUGUUGUGUUCUUGAGGGUGAUGUGCUGGGACUAGAUUUUAACGCAUCAAAGGGGGUUCUUGCAGCAGGAUCCUCCAAUGGAAAGAUUAUAUUCUGGAACCUGAACAAGCUUGACAGUCAAUAUACAAGCGACAUCCCACUUACUUCUAAUAUAACCUGUCUGUCAUGGAAUAAGAAAGUAUCUAGAAUCUUAUGUGCUGGUACAGAUGAUGGAAAAAUACUUAUCCUGGAUGCAAGAGCCAAGAAUGUGGCAAUGACGCUUGGGGGUGAUGGCAUAGUAUCGGUAUCUGAUGUGAUGUGGCAUCCGAAUGGGUCGACGUCUAUAUUGGCUGCAACAAAUUUGGGUGGACUUCAAUGCUUUAACCUCAGCUCUGACAGCACAUCGCAAAUAGGGGAUCAUGGAAGUGGAUUGAUAAGAUUGUCUGUGAUAGGCAAAGAUCGCAUGGCUGCUUCUUCCAAGAACCAGAUCGAUAUAAUAGAAGUAGGUGAUGGCAAGAUUGUUGACACAAUCCCUGUUGAUGGUAUAUUCGAGGUAAGCUUUUCGAAAAGGGAUCCGUUGAUGGCACUGUCAUAUGUUGGGGGAACUACAGAGAUUCUUCCUAGAAUAACAACAGACAUUCUACCGGUGAAUCCCGGAUGUAUAGUUGGAAACAGUGUCGUUGGAAAAGAAGUAUAUGAAAUAGAAUAUGAAGAAAUGAAGGAUAUCGAGGAAGAUGCAUUUAUUGGAAAGAUCAAAAAGCUUCUUUAUCCAGAUGGAAGUUAUAAUAUCGAUAGAAAGGGAUUGGGCGAACUUCUAUUAGCCGAGGCCAUAAGAAAAAGUGAUUCCGAAACUUCUGAUACAGCAGAGGGCUUGAAUGAAAAGAUAUCUGAUAUGAACUUAGGGCUAAGGCUUGAUCUCAAGGAUCCUUUGACUCUGGCCUUGAUAAAAGGAGAUCUUGAAGAUGCUUACACGGAGUCUAUGAAAAGCAACAGGUCAGUUUCUUUCUCUCAGUUUCUAGCUUUGGCUAAAGGAAGUGGGUCUUUGCCUUUUGAUUCUGAUGAUCCACUUAUUCUCCUGUCUACUGCUCAAAUUACGUCAACGUACUCACAUCUAUUGGAAAAGAUAUCUACUACACAAUGGUUGGCCCUUCUUUCGAUAAUAAGUUUUUCUCCAUUAUCUAAUGAAGAUUUCUUUUCAAAUGCUAUCGAGCUAUCAAAUAAGUUGGAUAACGAGGGAAAGCUGCUUAUAUAUGCCAUGACUAAUCAUUUAGACAAAUACUUCAGGCUAAAGGAGUCGAUGUAUCGGAUGCCUACAAGUGUUUAUGAUGUACGAGAUUUUUUCCAAGAAUACAAAGGAAUGAUAGUAGAUCUAGAAUCAAUGGGUAGGUUUUAUAAGAGUUCCAUGAUAUCUGAAUACUUUUGGUAUGCAUCAGCCCAUGGAGAAGCACCUGUUAGAAUCAAAUAUGAGGAUUUAGGUAUCAAUAUCUAUCUUGGAAGAACAAACAAUAAUGUGCUCUCUAUUAAAAAGCCCGGAUCCACACCUACGAACGACAUUCAAAAUAGGCCAUCGGAGGUCCUUAAAAGAUCCCCAGUUUUGGAAUCACUAGCACGCCAAGACUCUAAUACCAUAGGAUGUUAUGGAGCUCCACCUAUUAAGCCAAAUAGUGUCAUAUCAAGGCCUCCAUCAUUUUCUGGGCAGAGUGAAAGUAGCUCUGGGGUUGUUGGAUCUUUAUCUAGGCCAAAUAUUCCUGGAGUGAAUAACAACUUUGCUCACAGAAGUACAGUGCAAUCCCCACCAUCUCCAAUGAUCCAUCAGCAAAGUUCAAAGGCGAUUAGCCCUACCCUGGGAUCCGGAAGGCCAUCCCAUUCUUCCAAUCACCAAGAAAACCAGCAAAAGAUGUAUAUUCCUAGACCUGGAUAUAGAACCGUGCCUAGCACGCCUACAUAUAAUUCCGGGCCAAAACCCGCCUCAUCGAAAACAUAUAGUUCUAUGCCAGACAUUUCAAAUCUUUCCAGUAGUACACCUCCUGUGUCGACAUAUGGUAUGAUGUCCCGGGGAUCUCAUGGAAGCUUGCCACAAUCAAGCACAUCAAAGCCAUAUAUACCUAGACCUGGAAUGCCUUCAAGCCCUUCGCUCUCUACUCAAGAUCAACAGCAAAAGCCUAUUAUUCCGACACCACGACCACAAAGAAAAGAGGAUACACAGCUGGCUCCUCAAACCCAGGAUAGUAGUUCUCAGAAGAAAACAGAUGAUUUGAAUCCGGAAGAUGUCCUCAACACAUUUGAAGACAUAAUCAAGAAAUUGAUAGAAAGGGCGUCAGCAAAAGCAAAUCUUAUAGUUAGAAAUAAGCUCAAGGAGGUUACAAAAAGAUUUUCUAUAUACAACAGUGUCACAAGAGAUACUUUUAGCCCCUUAAUUCUAAGGGGAAUUGACAGGAUAAAUAACGAAAUCAAAAAUGAUGCCGAUAGUGAUAGAAUGAAGCAAAAGAUUAGAGAGAUUGUCCUUGAAUGCACUGAAACAGGAGAAAACAGAGCAGAUCUGUGGAUGCCUAGUGUCUACACUCUCCUACAAAUUGUCUAUCAUUAG